AGUUCGUCGCGUGUCGCGUGUCGUGCCACCCUUUCGUCUACCUCAUGCCACGAAUUGAGAACGAACCCAAACUUGACUUCAAAGAUGUCCUUCUUCGUCCUAAACGAUCUACUCUGAAGAGUCGCGCAGAUGUAGACCUUGUCAGAGAGUAUGUAUUCCGUAAUUCAAAGAAGACCUACUCUGGCAUACCGAUCAUAGCGUCAAAUAUGGAUACUGUAGGAACAUUUGAGAUGGCGGAAGCUCUUGUUCCGCACAAAUUGUUCACCACCAUCCACAAACAUUACUCGCUCGAUCAGUGGAAGGAGUUUCAUAGCAAGCAUAAAGAAUCUGCUAUGUUCAAGCACAUAGCCGUCUCGACGGGUAUAUCUGAUCAUGAUUUGGAGAAGUUGAGAGCUAUAUGUGAGGCUAUUCCGGAGUUGGACUAUAUCUGCAUCGAUGUCGCCAACGGAUACUCGGAAUAUUUUAUCGAAUUCAUUCGCAAAUGUCGCGAAGAGUUUCCGAGGCAUACGAUAUUGGCCGGAAAUGUGGUCACUGGAGAGAUAGUAGAAGAAUUGAUCCUUACUGGUGCUGACAUUGUCAAGGUUGGUAUAGGUCCAGGAUCGGUGUGCACAACAAGAAAAAAGGCAGGUGUUGGAUAUCCACAACUGAGUGCUACGAUAGAGUGUGCAGAUGCUGCGCAUGGCUUGAACGGUCACGUCAUCAGUGACGGCGGGUGCACUAAUCCCGGUGACAUCGCUAAAGCUUUUGGUGCAGGAGCCGAUUUUGUCAUGAUUGGAGGUCUCUUUGCUGGGCAUGACCAGAGUGGUGGAGAGAUUAUUGAGAAAGAUGGACGAAAAUUCAAGCUUUUUUAUGGCAUGAGUUCGGAUACAGCAAUGACCAAACAUCAGGGAAGUGUUGCAGAGUAUAGAUCGAGCGAAGGAAAAACUAUAACCAUACCGUAUAGGGGCGACGUCAACGCUACGGUCCAAGACAUGCUUGGUGGGCUUCGCUCUGCAUGUACCUACACUGGAGCUGCAAGAUUGAAGGAACUCUCAAAGCGAACAACUUUUAUACGAGUUACUCAACAAACAAAUGAUAUGUAUGUGCCUUAUGAAAUUUAGGCGUGAUUGUACGAAUACCUCACGAUUCAAGUUUGUUGUAGAUUUUGCUUGUUCUGUUCAUUGUUAAUUUUUUUGAUUGACGUUUUCGUUAUGUAAACAUGUUUCAAAAUUUCUAAAUAAAUAUGUUCAUCCUA